AUGGCCACCUCGACUGGCACCGGGUGGGCUCAACUCCGGCAGCAGGCCCGCUCGCUGGAAACCCAGACCGAAACCCUCUUCCACUCGUACGCCCAAUAUGCAUCCAUGACCAAACUCCCCCCGACACCAUCAGAAGAUGAACUCCGCGUGGAAUCGCAACUGAAAGAACUCCUCGAAAAGGUACCCCCUUCUCUUUCUCCCCAUCCAUCCCCCCCUCCAUGGCAAAGACGAACUGAACUUACCUCCUUCAUUAUUCAGCGCACAUCCCUAAUCUCCCAACUCGCCCGCCUCCUCGACUCCGAAGCAACGCUCACCUCCUCCGCCCUGAAACAAAACAACCUCGCCCGCCACCGCGAAGUCCUCACAGACCACCGCCGUGAGCUCUCUCGCCUCUCGUCCGCAAUCACCGAGUCCCGCGACCGCGCCAACCUCCUCUCCAACGUCCGCUCCGACAUCAACGCCUACCACGCCUCAAACCCCGCCGCCGCCGAGGCCGACUACAUGCUCGAGGAGCGCGGCCACAUCGAUAGCAGCCACAACGUCAUCGACGGCGUCCUGAGCCAGGCGUACACCAUCAAUGAGAACUUCGGGCUGCAGCGCGAGACCCUGGCGAGUAUUAAUCGGCGGAUUGUGGGCGCCGCGGGCCAGGUGCCUGGGAUGAAUGCGUUGAUGGGGAAGAUUGGGUCGAAGAGGAGAAGGGAUGCGUUGAUCUUGGGGGCGUUUAUUGGGGUUUGUUUUUUGAUGUUGUUGUUUUUGAGAUGA